AGAUUCUGAUACAGUCGGGAUUUCAAGAGACGGUCUUUCGCUUGUAGGGCUUGCGAUAUAGACCCUUUAUGCAACGUGUUUCAGCCACAUUCACAUUCCAGAGCCUGAUGGAGAGGGAAACACACGGGUCGUUAUGAGGACUACCGUUAUAAUUUUAAGUUUCUUCUGCGUUUUGGUCGCUUCUAGAAGGACCUACAAAGCAGCUGUUGUCAACUAUGUCCCGCACCAUAAGUACGUCAACAAUGACUCCGAAAUAAUAAAGGAGAAUACUUCUAAAUUCAGUUACUACAUCGAGGAAUGCAUUAAAUGCGACAUCGUCAUCUUUCCUGAGUACAGUCUUUUUUCCAAAGAUUUCAAUCGUGCGUUUGUUAGAGAGUUGGCCAUCAAGGUACCAACGCCUCCAGCAGUAGGGAUCUGUUCGCAGGGUAGCAACAAUUUCAUCACCCGGAUGUCUUGCAUAUCGAAGCAAUUUGAAAAGUAUGUCGUCGUUAAUAUUCUGGAAAUUGAUGAUGGCAAUUUGUACAACACGAAUAUCGUCUUCGACAGAGAGGGAACGCUGAUAAGCAAGUAUAGGAAGAGGCAUUUGUCGGUGGGCGAGCAGCAAUUCCUGACGCCCGGUCAGGAUUCUGUCAUCUUCUACACGGACUUUGAAGGUGCAUUCAGUCUGCUCAUCGGCGAAGACGUGUUGUACGCGGGAUCGGACGGGCUUGCGCCCAACGUAAUAUUGACCACUUCCUUGAAAUCAAAAUUACCAUUCUUCGGAGCUCUUUCCAUCUAUGACGGUUUUUCCAAACAUUACGGCGUCAAUUUGCUCGUAGCCGAUUAUAACGCACAGCCAGAGCAGAACGGAGCCAGCGGCUUCUACCUGGCUUCAAACUCAACGAAAUCAGAAAUCACAACAUCGCAAGAAACAUCGAAGCCUAUAGAGUCCAUAAUAGAAACACAUCCAAAGUUUUUAGAUAUAUGCCACAGAGAAGAGCAAUCGCCGAAGGGAAUCUUUGCGUACAAACCCAACACCAUAGAGAAAGAUAGCAGCGUUAAGGAGGAUUUCAAAAAUUACAGAUUUCAACCGCUGAAGAACGGAGCUAACGAACUGAAGCUGGUUUCUUCAGAUGGAAAACUGCUGUGCGAAUUCAAAGUUAACAUCAUCCUAGUACCUGACAUGAUAUACGUAGCGGCUGUGUAUUCCGAUAAGGAGUCUCAGGGAUAUGGAUGCGCUGUCCUAGUCUGCGAAGGUUCCGAUCUGAAUACGUGCGGUGGAAGACACCUUCAGUCCAAGUCUGUUCAAAUUACUUCCAUCGAAAUUAAGGCUGAUAAUAAAAAUGUGGAUUUUAAAAAUCCCAAUAUUCCCAUCACCUUAACGUACGAUUUGAAACCCAUCGGCAUGUACACCUAUUGCGCCGACGAUGAUGGCAUUACGAUGAAGUCCAGUCAACAUUUAUCAGAUAUCAUCACAUUCGGUUUCUUCGGCAGAAACCCCAUAGGCUUCAAUGAUCCGAGCAAACCGAACUCCGCCCAUCUGAACGGUGUUUCACUUGCUCUCUCCUUAUUAGCAGCUACACUUUAUUUACUUCAUUAAUUAUUAUAUAACAUAAUUAUUGUAAGUUCAUUUCAAUUCAUCUUUGUA